GCCGGACGCCGAGGAGCGGCGGCUGCUGCCAGCAUGUUCCCGGGCCAGCUGCCUUGCUCCUGCGACACCUUCGUGGCGCUGCCGCCCGCUGCGGCGGGGGCCCGCGUCGUCUUCGGGAAGAACUCGGACCGGCCGGCGGACGAGGUGCAGGAGGUCGUGCACUUCCCGGCCGCCGCGCACCCGCCCGGCGCCGCGCUGGAGUGCACUUACAUCACGAUCGAGCAAGUGGAGAAGACGUGCGCCGUGGUCCUGAGCCGGCCCGCCUGGCUUUGGGGGGCUGAGAUGGGCGCCAACGAGCACGGCGUGUGCAUCGGGAACGAAGCGGUGUGGGGCAGAGAGGAGGUGGGCGAUGAGGAAGCGCUCCUCGGCAUGGACCUCGUAAGGCUUGGACUUGAAAGAGCAGACACAGCUGAAAAAGCUCUUACUGUCAUAGUUGAUUUGCUAGAAAAAUAUGGACAGGGAGGAAACUGUAUGGAGAGUCACAUGGCAUUUACGUACUAUAACAGCUUUCUGAUAGCUGACAGAAAGGAAGCAUGGGUGCUGGAGACAUCAGGAAAAUACUGGGCAGCAGAAAAAGUAGAAGGAGGUGUACGAAAUAUUUCCAACCAGCUCUCUAUCACAACCAAGAUUGACAGAGAACACCCAGGACUGAGGGAAUACGCCAAAGGCAAAGGCUGGUGGGAUGGGGAAAAGGAAUUUGAUUUCGCUGCCACGUAUUCUUAUGUAAAUACAGCCAGAAUGACCACAUCCAGAGGACGAUAUUGUGAAGGCUAUAAACUUCUGAACAAACACAAAGGAUCUAUCACUUCUGAAAUAAUGAUGGGAAUUCUUCGUGACAAAGAGAGUGGCAUUAAUAUGGAAGGUGGAUUUAUGACAACUGGAAGCAUGGUGUCUGUACUGCCUCAGCAGCCUAAUCUGCCAUGUAUUCACUUCUUUACUGGAACUCCAGAUCCUGCAAGGUCUGUAUUCAAGCCUUUCAUUUUUGUGCCCAGUGUUACUCAGUUGCUGAAAACCAGCUCCCCUACUUUUGGCCAAGAUGAUCCAGUUAAGAAGCAACCACGUUUUCAGACUAAGCCAGAUCGAAGACACGAGCUCUAUAAAAAACAUGAAAGUGCUGCUGUAGUUAUGGAAACUACCGAGGGCAAAGGUAAAGAGAUGCUGAAAGAUAUACAGGAGUUGGAGAAACGGAAGAUAAAUGAAAUGGAAUCAAUCCUGCAAAAUGGAUGUCUCGACACUAGCCAAGCAGUUAACCUUUUUUCACAGUGUGUAGAAGAAGAACUCAAAAUAUAUAGCUAAAACUACUAUUUGAAUGUGAUAAAAUUCAGCUUUAUGAUGAACUUUUCUAAAGAAGUGGCUAUAUAGAUUACAUCCUAUUUUCAAUAUGCCAGUUAGUAUGGACAGUUUUAAAGACGUGCAUUCAUAUUCAGGCCAAACAGCUUUUGGUUGUAUGAAGCAAUGCUGAAAAGGUUCUUAAGAGCUAGGCAGUGGCUUUGUACGUGGCAUAAAGCUGUCAGCAGAGAUUGAUUUUGCCAAGAAACAGCUGCAGUUAGACUGUAAUAGCUUGAUUAAAUUGUGGGACAACCCCGUCUCCAGAUGAAGAACAACUCGGAUUUGGAGAACUCGGUUCUAGUGUACGCACAUGUAGCUUUUAUAGUCAAGAUAAUCAUAGCAGAAUUUCAUAUUGCCAGAAUUAAAAUGGCCAUGGUGAAGGACUUUCUAAAAUAUAGAAGCUAUUACUUGCACUGAAUAAAAAUGAUAUGCAAAGUCAAGUAAGAUUGAUAUUCAGAUGUUUGAUAAAACCAUUCUAAGGUACAUGUCAUAUAUGAACCUUCUAUUCCUUCAGUGCAAAAAUGAGGUUAAGAGUUCAAGGUAUAUUAGAACCAAAUCACAGUUACAAUUUUAGCAUGAUUUGUUGUGAAAUCUGAUUACAUGGAAUUCAGUGAUGCAAGCACUCUGCAAGUUACCACACAAUUUUCACUUCCCAUUAUUUUCCCCACCCUGAUACUGAAAAAUAAACUUACUUACA